CUCAUCACAGUCUAGUUAAUUGAACUCAAAGUCUUGCAAAGAGAGAAGCUAGAUGCCGGUGAAGAGUACAGAUGAGUAUCUGCAGGCAGGAAUCGACUCCAAUUACGACCGGGAAAGUGAGUUAAAAACAUUUGAUGAGUCAAAAGCCGGUGUUAAGGGACUCCUAGAUUCUGGGGUCACAAAAGUUCCACGCAUGUUCCACUGCGGACAGUUUAGCCUUGAUCAUGAGAGGUCAGGAAGAGACUCCCAGAUCAGUAUUCCUAUCAUAGACCUUCAAGGUAUCCAUGACGACUCGAUCGUACGCACUCAAGUCAUUGAGAAAGUUCGAAAUGCAUGCGAAAAAUUCGGUUUCUUUCAGGUUGUUAAUCAUGGUAUUCCUGUUACACUUUUGGAUGAGACAAUAAAUGGAAUGCGAAGGUUUCAUGAGCAGAACACUGAGGUGAAGAAAGAGUUCUAUUCACGCGAAUAUGGGAAAAAGGUGUUUUAUCAAUCCAAUUAUGAUCUUUACCAAUCAACAGCAGCUGAUUGGAGGGAUACAUUUGUCUAUCUUGUGCCAUCAAAUGCCCCAGAACUGGAAGAAGUAGUACUGCCUGCAGUAUGCAGAGAGAUUGUUAAAGAAUACUCGGAAAAAGUAAUGAAGCUGGGGCUAGAUUUCUUGGAGUUAUUAUCUGAGGGUCUUGGGCUAAAUCCCAGCCACCUAAAAGACAUGAACUGUGCUGAGGCGCUUCUUCUUCUUGGCCACUACUACCCCUCAUGCCCUGAACCAGAAUUGACAAUUGGAACUAAGGAUCACACUGAUUCCAGCUUCAUUACCAUACUCUUACAAGAUCAAAAAGGUGGCCUCCAAGUUCUCCAUGAGAAUCAAUGGGUUAAUGUUCCUCCGGUGCUUGGAGCUCUAGUAAUCAAUGUUGGAGAUCUUCUACAGCUCAUCUCAAACGACAAGUUCAUUAGCGUCAGUCACAGAGUAUUAGCGCAGCAUAUCGGGCCAAGAAUUUCUGUGGCUAGUUUUUUUAGACCCCAUUUUCAGGCGGGCUCAAGAGUUUAUGAACCAAUAAAGGAGCUGUUAUCGGAAGAAAACCCCCCAAUAUACAAGGAAAUCGAUUCAAAAGAAUUUCUUUUGCACUACUUCACGAAAGGGAUUGACGGGAUCCCUCCUUUACAACAUUUCAAAUUGAGAUGAGAUUUAGAUC